AAAGAAAUAUCCCAACUCAAAUGAGAAGAAGAAGAAGAAGAUGGUAAGGCUAAUCUCCCAAUUGCAUACACACAUCUGCAGAAAACCCUUUUACUUCCAUUGGAGAAAUCUCUCCUACAUGACCCAUCAGCUACCUUUAGAAAAUCCUCAGCUUGAGUAUGAUUUGUCCUCAGUUCAGUACAUCUUCUCCAACCCAUGUUUUUAUCUUCUAGCUCUCUGCAAAAACAUCUAUUCUCUCAAGAAAAUUCAUGGGUUGCUCAUUGUUGAUGGUCUUGCUGGUGAUCUUUUAUGCAGUACCAAAUUAGUUAGCUUGUAUGGUUCAUUUGGGUGCGUUGAUGAUGCGCGCCGGUUGUUUGAUAGAAUACCUGACCCAGACCUUUAUUCUUGGAAAGUGAUGCUAAGAUGGUAUUUUUUGAACGAUUUGUAUUGGGAGAUCAUUGGGCUUCAUACCCGUAUGAGGAUAUGUCUGAGAGAGCAUGAUAAUGUUGUUUUCUCGAUUGUGUUGAAGGCGUGCAGUGAAUUGCGAAAUAUUCAUGAAGGGAGGAAAAUACACUGUCAAAUUAUCAAAGCAGUUAGUCCUGAUAGUUUCGUGCUGACUGGUCUUGUAGAUAUGUAUGCAAAGUGUGGAGAGAUUGAGUGUUCUCGUGGUGUCUUUGAUGAAAGUCCUGAUAAAAAUGUGGUUUCUUGGACUUCAAUGAUUGUAGGGUAUGUGCAGAACGAUUGCCCAGUUGAAGGCUUGAUUUUAUUCAACAGAAUGAGAGAAGGGUUGAUUGAGGCUAACCGAUUUACCAUAGGCAGCUUAAUCACCGCAUGCACAAAAUUAGGGGCUUUGCAUCAGGGGAAGUGGGUUCAUGGAUAUGCAAUGAAGAAUGGUGUGGAACUUAAUUCUUACAUAGUGACGGCCCUUCUAGACAUGUAUGUCAAGUGUGGAGUCAUUAGAGAUGCUAGGUCUGUAUUUGAUGAGCUAUCUAGUAUUGAUCUCGUCUCCUGGACAGCUAUGAUUGUUGGCUAUACCCAGAGUGGCUUCUCUAGUGAGGCUUUGAAGUUGUUUACGGAUAAGAAAUGGGUUGAUAUCUUGCCCAAUUAUGUUACCAUUGCAAGUGUACUAUCAGCAUGCGCACAGUUGGGCAAUUUGAAUUUUGGAAGGUCAGUUCAUGGUCUUGGUAUUAAACUUGGGUUAGAGGAAUCUACUGUUGUGAAUGCUCUGGUUGACAUGUAUGCAAAAUGCCACAUGAAUAGAGAUGCCCGUUACAUAUUUGAGACAGUUUCAGACAAGGAUGUUAUUGCUUGGAAUUCUAUUAUUUCUGGGUAUAAUCAGAAUGGAUCUGCAUAUGAAGCCCUUGAAUUGUUUUGUCAAAUGAGAAUGAACUCUCUCUUGCCUGAUGCAGUCACAUUGGUAAGCGUUUUCUCAGCGUGUGCUUUCCUUGGUGCUCUUCGAGUCGGUUCUUCUCUCCAUGCUUACUCUAUAAAGGGGGGUCUAUUAUCUUCUAAUGUUUAUGUUGGCACUGCACUUUUGACCUUUUAUGCCAAAUGUGGCGAUGCUAUAUCUGCUCGUACAAUUUUUGAUGGUAUGGGAGAGAAAAACAUUGUUACAUGGAGUGCCAUGAUUGGUGGUUAUGGAAUUCAAGGGGAUGGUGAUGGGUCCCUUGCACUUUUCCAUGAUAUGUUGAGGCAGGAAUUGAAACCAAAUGAAGUGAUCUUCACAACCAUUUUAUCUGCAUGUAGUCAUACCGGGAUGGUUGGGGAGGGAUGGAAUCUAUUCAAUUCGAUGUGCCAAGAAUAUAACUUUGUGCCUUCCAUGAAGCAUUAUGCAUGCAUGGUUGAUCUAUUGGCUCGUUCUGGCAGGCUUGAAGAAGCUUGGGAAUUCAUUGAGAAAAUGCCAGUUCAACCGGAAGUUAGUUUGUUUGGAGCGUUUCUACAUGGUUGUGGGUUGCUUUCAAGGUUUGAUCUUGGAGAGAUGGCAAUUAGGAGAAUGCAAGAGUUACAUCCUGAUAAAGCUUGUUAUUACGUGCUUAUGUGCAAUUUAUAUGCUUCUGAUGGAAGAUGGAAUCAGGUCAAGGAGGUAAGAGAGUUGAUGAAGCAAAAAGGUUUAAUCAAAUCCCCAGGGUGUAGCCUGAUGGAGAUGGAUAUUGAUAAUGAUUUCUCAUUGCCUAGAGUUGCUUCUUUUUCAUAGACCACAGUUUUUCAUACAAAAACACACAUUAUGGGAUCAGCAGGGUCAAGGUUGCCAAAACAGGACGUAUUUAUUGUCAGUUCUGUUCAGUUUUGCAAAAUGUUUGAUUACAUGAUCCGGCCCCAAGUAUUGGGGUGUAAGAUUCUCAUCAAUGGAUCAACUGAUCUGCAGCCAUGGCAUGCAUAAUACAAGCAGAUGUUGAGUUUCUCUGAGAGCAAAGUAUGUUCAAUUGAAGAGAUGAUAAUAGGACAUGGCAGUUCAUCAAAAGAUCUUUGUUCUCUGAUGAUAUUCUAUUGCUGAUAUUACCCUAAAGUUCUUUGGUUCUUGAAACAUGGCCAAGGAGAAGCAAGGAGGCUUCCCAUCUUUGGGAUCACUCCUUGACAAGCUCACGAGGUUCAAAGUGUAGCCAGGUUAUGUCUGGCGAAGUUCAUGAAGUGCGAGCAGUGAGUACAGGCUCUGCAAUCAAUUUUGAAUUACCUACUGCUGAAUCACAAAAAAUUGAAGAGAAGACAAAUAAGACUAGGUUAUAAAUUUGUAAUGCAUUCUGCCUGGAUUUCAUUAUUACUCCAACUGGAUAAGUUACAUGCUUGUUCCAGAGCCAAACUUUGAAAAUUUUCCAAAAAGCUGUAAAUUUCUUUUACUUGCCAAUGUGAUACAUCUCCUGCUCCAAAUCUAUAGACUUUCUUUUCAAGUUCAAUUGUACUGUAUCCUGGGACCUUCUUCAGGCCUAUACGUUUCAUUACUGAUCUCACCUUCCUAGAUUCUUUCCA